GUUAAUAAUCAGUACAGUAACCUAGCUGGCUGCUGCUGUCCUUAGUCAGCUUGGAAAGCUUCGAAAGCUACGACCCUUUGCUCAGUAGACCUUGGGACUAUUUUCUUCACAAUCGAAGCGCUUUCAUGUGUCGCCAUGAAGUGAUUACAAAUUUCCUGCAGUAUCCUCGGUAGUAAUGCCAGCCUUUGCAUGCUGCAUCUAAUCUCAAACGCCCACUUGCAACCUUUUGGUCAAUCGACUUGAUUUUCUAUCUACAAUUGGCGCUAUGAGCACCACCAACAAAGGCCCAGCACCGACUCCAUCAUGUCCUCAUCGUCUGCCGCCGCCUCGACCUUGACCCGGCCGAGAAUAGCAGUGGCCGUCGUCUCGGCAUUUGCAGUCGCUUCUGCUGGCUACUAUCUCUAUCUGUACCGCCUUGCUCAAUCCGAGUCGACUGUGCUGCCUGGGCCCGGCCUCCACCGCAGUAAUGCUGUUCGACGGAACCGCCGCCCAACAUUGCGACAGGACGACUCGUCCGACGACCCGUCCGACGACCAUGGUGACGAGAAUGUCGACACAAAUGCCCUCAUAACCUCGAACGAGAACCAUCACGACAACGACGACGAAAACGACGGCCAAGCCGAAGCCGACUGGCUCGAGCCGUCGCGGCAGCGUACUGGCGAGAACAUCGUCACCUUACUCUUCAGAGUAUCAGAGGAUAAUGCAAGGCGGAAUGCCUAUGUACACAGAGGCUGCCAAUGCAACGGCUGCGGCAUGGUUCCCAUCCGCGGCAUUCGAUACCGAUGUGCCAACUGUGCCGACUUUGACCUGUGCGAGGUUUGUGAGAGCCAAGGCUUACACAACAAAACGCAUGUCUUCUACAAGGUCCGCAUACCGGCACCGCCCUUCUGCCCUCGUCAGGUUCAGCCAGCAUGGUACCCUGGCGACCCCGACAACGCAGCACGCACCCUACCGAGAUACCUCCUCACCAAGUGGUCCAACGACACGGGAUUCGAGCGCGUCGAGCUCGAUGCCUACUGGGAACAAUGGACGUUCAUGGCCAACACCGAGUGGAGGGAUGACCCCGAUGGCCUGUGGCUGGCAAUGGAUCGCAAGACCUUCGAGCGCUGCCUCGUACCAUCCGGUGGAUACCGCCACGCGUCCCCGAAUCUCAUUCACGAUCGCAUGUUCGCAUUCUACGAUACCAACAAGGACGGCCUAAUCGGCUUUGACGAGUUCCUGCGCGGUGUUUCCUAUCGGAAAAGGACGGACAAGCUGUUACGAACUUUCCAGGGUUACGAUAUCGAUGGCGAUGGCUAUGUCAACAGAAAGGAUUUCUUGCGCAUGUUCCGCGCCUACUAUGUCCUCUACAAGCAGAUGCACCGCGACAUCCUGGAAGGUCUUGAUGAACACAUGAUGACCACCACCGAGGCACAGCAGCUGGUCAAUAGUCGUGCCCCUCUGAGCAGCCUUUUUGGUAGGGAAGGGCGAGUCCCCCAGGCUGAUCAUUCGAGGCCCAUGGAGGGCAAGGUAUUCCGCUCCAACGGCCAAGUCGACGUCCACGACGGCAAAGACAGCGUGGUUAAUGAUGAUAAACCGGAUACGUCAAACCGAGACGAGAUUCUUAGUGGCCUCUUUUCUCGUCCCAACAACCGAAGCCUAUUCACAGAGUCCUUUGGUUCUUUUAGAUCGCUCCGACCCAGCACCGAAUCCCGGUACAUUUCUGGCAUCAUCAACCCGCCUACGACCAUUAGCGACCUCUCUGCGUUGAUCAACGGUGAUGCGUCCCGGCUCGACGACAUAAUAGCAUCAAUCCGGGAUGAGGUCGCUCACCGUCCACCUCCAGAGGAAAGCGAUGGUAGCGAAACUGAUGGUUCUGAUGUGGACGAGCAGGAAACUGCAGAUCUCAACCAACAGAGUGAUCCGACGUCAGUUGGCGGCACAGCAAGUUCUCAGCGCUCAGCAAUGCCAGACGCUAGUAGAUUUACAAAUAGACUACCAACGGAAAGCGAGCUUCGUGCGCAACACCAAGCUAUUGCCUCCAACUCGCAGAUCAACAGACAACGUGUUAUGCAUGACAAGCACAAACGUGUGCAUGCUAGGAGACAACUUCACGAGAGGUGGAAGCGCCGGCAAUUCUAUCUAGACGAAGAAGAAGGUGGCUCACCGCCUCAAGGCUGGAAUGAUAACGAAGACAUUCUUGUCAACCUUAACGGCAUUGCCGAAUCGUCCAAAUCAGCCCCUCAGUGUCUCUCGUCCCGCUCAAGAUCGUCAUCAAAGGUCCGAUUUGCUGAAGAUAACGAUGACUUCGAUAUUAGAUCAAACCACUCCACGUCGUCACGAAGCGUCCCCGAACGUUGGGGCGGCAUGGAAAUCCCAGACGCCGAACGCGACGCUGGUAAGGAGAUAUUGUAUCAGGUCACACAGCAAGCAUUCAACGAGCUCUUGGAUGAUAUUUUCAAGAAGAAAGAAGAUCUAGCUGUUCGUUGCGUGGAAACUAAGGAAGUGCGGGAUCGCAACCGACAUCUCUUUGAGUAUAUCGAGCUUGACCAUAACACAACUACACCGCCAACUCAUGAAAGUAGUCUGCCGGGCGAUCAACCUGUUCAAGAUCAGAGUUUGGACGAGUUGUUGUCGACUAGUGGUUACACAGUGAGUCCACAGGAUGAGGAAGAUCACGAUUCAGACGGAGCACAUUCGGCACAUGUCCAAGGUGGUGAAACAAGUCAGAGUCGGGGAUCUGUAGAGGACAAGGACGAGUUUGAUUUUGUUGAGCAUUUGCCCUCAGAAGAGAGCUUUGCCAGUGUCAAUAUGGAUUACAAGGACCCCACUAUGCCCCAGUUUCGUCCUGAUAGCAGCGACCAAGCCAGAUCCGACAAUGUAGAUGCGGAUGGUGCACAAAGAUCGCAAAAAAUACGGAAAUCGACGAAAAAGCUGAGACAGAAAGAUGCUACCACCGAAGCAGAGCAAAAUGCUGAAACACACAGUCAGUCAGAGGAAAACAUUUCUCAAGAGACCCUCGCGGAAUGGAAGCGCCUAGAUCUUGCCGAAGAGGAGGCCAAGCAGCGCGGUGGUUGGGGCAAGCUCAGCUACGACGAAUUUGAGCAGAUUUAUAAGGAGCAUGAGUUCCAAGAUAGUAGUCGCAAUCGGCUAGACUAUUUGGGCAGCUGGAUUGACUUUUGUAUCCCCUAGAUCAGGAUCAAAUACGCCGCCAGAUUCCCUGACAUGCUCGGGUCGUACUGGGUCAUGAAUUGGCAGCUGCCUUUUAACACACAGACUCUUAGCGGGCAGACUUUUGACCGUGAGCCGUAGACAUUGUAAUAGAAGUCCGAUACCUCAAGAAACCACAACAUGGCUGAAGCAGUAGUAAUGAUACAUACCAGGAAAUUGAAACUUUUUUUCUUUUUUGAAGAAAGGCCUCAUCAAGCGGUACGGCAAAGCCCGUCUAUUCUCAUCAAAUUUCUCGCCAACUAAUAUGGCACCAUGCCCGCUGCCCGCAAGAUGACAG